AUGGUGUCUGUGCGGGCUAUGAUGAGAAUCACAAAUAAGGGCCGCCAAGAAAGUUCCUCAAAAGCAACCGUAAGGCGAAAGCGUAAUCCGAAAUAUGAGACAAAAUCUUCUACUAGUGAAUUUUCAUUUCACAACAAUUCUGAAGCCAAGACAAUAAUUAAAUAUGAAACUGACGAAACUUUGGACAUCAAGCAGGAAAUCAUACAUGACGAAGAAACGACAGAAGUUACAGACCCAAGUUUAAAUCAAAAAAAUGAAUCAAAAGUAUGCACCGUAUAUGUAAAAGAAGAUUUUUUAGUUAGUAACAUGAAGCAGCAGAGGCAAAACAAGCAGGAGAUUCAGAAUUCAGAACCAGAAAUUAAAUACAAAUGCAAAAAGUGCGCUCGGAGCUAUAAAGAGAAAAAGUAUUUGACUAUUCAUAAAAAAUACGAAUGCGGUGUCACACCACAGUUCAUGUGUCAUUUAUGCGGCAGACAAUGUAGACACAAAAGUAGCUUCAACUCUCACAUGCGUAUUUUUCAUCUUCCUAAAUCAAACUCAGAGACAUCUAAAGUGAAUUAUAAUUGUGACAAUUGCACACGUAGUUACAAUUCCACCCGUGGUUUAGCUCGACAUAAACGCGAAAAGCAUGCAGCAGUUAUACCAGAAUUUAUUUGCGAUUAUUGUGGUCACAAAACGAAUAGAAAAUUUCAAUUGGGAAUCCACAUUAUUUAUUGUCGCAAUCGGAAGCUGUUUCGAAAGAGUUAACUUAUACUCUCUGUCAAUGUUAAGAUAAAUACUUUUUUUGUCCUUUUACUUCAUAUAAUUUCCAUUUUGUUUUAAAAAAUAUAUAGAUAUAAGAAAGUGUAGAUCUUUCAGUAUAUUUUUUUACGUGUACUAGAAACUUUUCCUAUUCCUAUGAAACUGUAAAACACGCUUCAAAUUUUGCAUGUGACUUUCAUUUAGCCUAGUGUCCAUGUAAUAUUUACUGUGGGCUGAUGUUGUGAUUUCCGCUUUAUUAAACAUUUAGAAGUACCUUAGAAUAUGGAUAGCAUAUCUAGAAAUAAAAUUAUGGUACAUACGAGAAGUUUCUAGAAUAUAAGAUCAAGUUGUCCAGAAAUUCCUGUCGGAAUUUUUAAUGAUAUAUUUAUAUAUCUUUUAUAGCAGUAUAAUGCGUAAAAUCUUUUUCAAAAACCAUCUAAGAGCUAAUAAAAUUAUAUAUUGAAUGUAGUGCCGUGAAACGAUUUUCCCUUUUAGUUAA